GGGAUUUGAAACAUGGCGACCGAAGGCGAAACGAGUGCUGCGGCCGUUGCAGAAACAGAGCCAGGGGAGGGGGAUACUUCGUUUGGAGAUAUGAGCGCAAAUAUGGAAACCGAGUCCUCAAAUAGCAAGGAAGCAAUGGAGGGGGCGGGAGAUGGUGCUGAGGCAGGGGAGGCCCAGACCGGCUCCGGGGACGAGGAGAGUGGAGGCCGACAGCUGGGGGAGGUGGAGCUGCAAUGUGCCCUCUGCAUGAAGUGGUUCACCGCAGAAACCUUCAAAAUAGACACCGCAACCAGCCUUCCCUUCAUGACCAACUAUGUGUUUCACUGUAAUGUGUGUCAUCACAGUGGAAACACCUACUUCCUAAGGAAACAGGCCAAUCUGAAGGAGAUGUGCCUCACAGCCCUGGCCAACCUGACCUGGAGGUCUCGCACGCAAGAGGAGCACCCCAAAACCAUGUUCUCUAAGGACAAGGAUAUUAUUCCCUUUAUUGAUAAGUACUGGGAGUGCAUGACGACUCGUCAGAGGCCUGGGAAGCUGACGUGGCCUAAUAACAUUGUCAAGACCAUGAGCAAGGAGCGUGACGUGUUCCUGUUCAAAGAGCAUCCAGAUCCUGGCAGCAAAGACUCUGAGGAGGAGUAUCCCAAGUUUGGACUGCAGGACCAGGACUUGGCCAACAUCGGACCAUCAUAUGACACCCAGAAAACCUCCACAUCUGUGGCCUCCACUGGAGGGCAGAAUGGUGGACCAACGUUCUCAGGUGGCAUAGCUCCUGGAGGGACAGGUAAAGGCAGAGGGGCCAAGCGCAAGCAGCAGCAGCAGCAGGACGGUGCCACAGCUGGUACCACCAAGAGGACUCGCAGUGACCCCCUGCUUUCGGCCCAGCGCCUGCCCCCGCACGGCUACCCGCUGGAGCACCCUUUCAACAAGGACGGCUACCGCUACAUCCUGGCCGAGCCCGACCCCCACGCCCCCGACCCAGAGAAGCUGGAGCUGGACUGCUGGGCAGGGAAGCCCAUCCCGGGAGACCUGUACCGGGCCUGCCUGUAUGAGAGGGUCCUACUGGCCCUGCAUGACAGAGCUCCGCAGUUGAAGAUCUCUGAUGACCGUCUGACGGUGACCGGGGAGAAGGGCUACUCCAUGGUGCGGGCGUCUCACGGGGUCCGCAAGGGCGCCUGGUACUUCGAGGUGACGGUGGAUGAGAUGCCGCCCGACACGGCCGCCCGCCUCGGCUGGUCGCAGCCUCUUGGUAACCUGCAGGCCCCUCUGGGCUAUGACAAGUUCAGCUACUCGUGGCGCAGCAAGAAGGGCACCCGUUUCCACCAGUCCAUUGGCAAGCACUACUCGGACGGCUACGGCCAGGGGGAUGUAUUGGGCUUCUUCAUCGAGCUACCCGACGACACGGAGACCGCCAAGGCCCUACCAGACACCUACAAGGACAAGGCAUUGAUCAAGUUCAAAAGCUACCUGUACUUUGAGGAGAAGGAUUACGUGGACAAAGCGGAGAAGAGCCUGAAAGCGGUCAACACCAGCAGAAUGGUGUUCUACAAGAACGGCGUUAGCCAGGGCGUGGCCUAUGAGAACCUGUUCGAAGGCCUCUACUUUCCCGCCAUAUCUCUCUACAAGAGCUGCACGGUGUCUGUGAACUUUGGGCCGCACUUCAAGCACCCUCCGAAGGACAACAAAUACCAGCCCAUGAGUGACAUGGGCUGGGGUGCUGUGAUCGAGCACACGCUAGCAGACAUCCUUUACCACGUGGAGACCGAGGUGGACGGCCGCAGCCCUCACUGGGAAGGCUGAACAUUGGACACAUAGACCCCCAGCGUUCCAUUCACAGCCCUCUCUCUUUCUCUCCCUCUGUCUCUCAGCUCAGUUGUAUGCAGGGAAUUUUCUGAUGGAAAAUGAAAUAUGGGGAGUAUUCGAUUUGCUUGACUUUGCUUGACUACACUUGACUGAGUAUUCGAUUUGCAACACAAGUCAUGUGAACUCUACUUUUAACUCCAUUUUCCGUUUACACACGUAACCAGAAUAUUCUAGAAAAAAAAAAUAUUGACGAUAUUCCAUUUAGCAUCAGAAUACCCCCGGCAUGCAACUGCGCUCUCACUCUCUCUCUUUCUCUCCCGCGCCCUCCCUCCUGACCUUCUCCAAGUCGUAUCCAUAGCAGCACUGUCCUCGAACCCUGCUCCUCUAAACUCCAGUAUAACAGCUGUUACAGUGUGAACUUCUUUCAUACCGUAGACCCAACACCCUAGACCUGCAUAGACUAUAUACCCAAAAUUAUAGCUGGAACAAAAGUUUGGCCUUUACUUUUCAAAUCUUUUCUUUAAAAAAAACAACAUAUAUUACCAAAAGGAAAAGGACCUUGUUCAUCGUUUGUUUGAUGGUGAUGGGUAUAGCGGUAUAGUGGGUAGAUUGAAUGGGUGGACAUAAUUAGUAGUGCUGCAUACUGUGCCAUAUAGUGAAUGGGUUCUGAUAAGUCACAGUGUUAACUGCGUUUCUCAUCCCUUGUGUAGUACUUUUGAAUAGUACUAUGGGCUAUUGAUGAUGACAAGCUGUGUGUGUCAAAGAGCACGUCGCAGUUGUUUCUGAGAGGAGAUCGGUUGAGUGAUUAUUGUAUGUCUUUUUAGUGUUAAAAAGCUUGUGUGUGCGUGUGUGUGGUAGAUGUAAAAAAAUGAUUUCUGUUCUUUUGUAUUUUGUUUUUGUUUUAUACAAAAAAGGUUUUUAAUAAAGGCAAAUUAAAAUAA